AUGGGAUAUAUUGCGUUCCAAAAGGGUGGAUAUCGUCAUGCUGACUUCACACACAAAGAUUUGUACAACCACAUUGAUCGUUAUCGUAGAUCAAAAGUAAAAAAUGGGAAUGCCAAUGCGGCAAUAAAUUAUUUGAUUGGCAAGUUAAACAACGAUCCACUGUUCUUUGGAAAGUAUACUUUCACUAGUGACAAAGGGCUCGAGCAUAUUUUUUGGGCAGAUGGGCAAUCAAUUGUCGACUAUCACUGCUUUGGAGAUAUUGUUGCCUUUGAUUCAAUGUACAAGAAGAAUAAAUACAACAAACCUUUGGUCAUUUUCUCUGGAUGCAAUCAUCAUGGGCAGACUAUUAUCUUUGGCUCCGGCCUACUAUCCGACGAAACCACAGACACGUAUAAGUGGUUGUUGAAAACAUUUGUUGAAUCGACGGGUGAAAAAAGUCCUAAAGCAGUAAUAACUGAUAGAGACUUUGCCAUGCGAGAUGCAAUCAAGAAUGUUCUUCCUGAUGCGACCCAUCGGUUAUGCGGAUGGCAUCUUCAGAGAAAUGCAUGUGAAAAUAUAAAGAAUCUUAAUUUCCUACGGGAUUUUAAGGGUCUUAUAUACGACAACAACGACCGCAGAGAUUUUGAUCGGAAAUGGGCAGCCAUUUGGAUAAGCACAACCUUGUUGGGAGUACCUGGAUAG